UUUUGGAGUGUUUAAUGUUAGAUAAGAGGUGACAUAGUUCGAGGCACACAAUGGAAGAAGAAAGCUACACAGUGCCUGUCAUUUUCUGUAAGAAUGUAAGUGCUUCAGAGUGCUAGCUGGUUUGGCGGUCAUUAAAUUUCCUAAAUACAUUUAUAGAUAAUUCACAAAUAUCGACUCUGAGGCUGGAACUGUGCCAGUGAUCGUCAGUAAAGGAGCCUGUCCACAGGAGUGUGGCAUUCUUACUGAAGGAUUAGUUUGGUCUGUUAUUACAUAGGAAAGAAAUGCAUAUCUUCUGCUCUGUUGUUUUGGGUGUACUAUAGUGAGGGAUUUUUGUGAACAGUCAGCACAAAUGGAAAUGCACAGUUGAUUUAAAAUGCGGAGGGGAAUAACAAGGGGAGGCCACUCCAAUCUCCCUGUCCCCAAGGCCUCCAGAGGAUCCCCGGGGAACUCCAAGUCCCUAGGAAGGGGAGGGAACUUUGCUCACUCUGCUGAGGACAUUCCCCAGAAAGUACAGAAUUCCUAUGGCACCCCCUCACCUCACCGGAGGGCGGUGUCCCCAGGGGACCAGAGAAGGGGGCUUAGUGUGCCUGGAGAGCAAGGGGGUCAGGCUGGUGUGAGGUACAUAACAGAGGAUCUGGUCAAGAAAAUCGCCAAAGAGGAUGCCCUUGAGAUGAUCACAAACCUAAAUCUGACCCUGGCCAAAGAGGGCGGUAAAAAAAUCAAGUACAUAGAAAACCUGGAUAAACUAAAGAAGCUACAACAGCUCAAUCUUAGCAGUAACAUGAUUGAGAGAAUUGAGAAGCUGGACAAAUGUCUAAAGCUGAAGGAUCUGAACCUGUCGUACAACCUGAUCCCCAAGAUUGAGGGCCUUGAGAACCUGAUGUACCUCCAGGUGUUGAACCUGACAGGUAACAGGAUCGAACACAUACCCGUCUGGCUGGCCAAGCGGUUGCGGGCAUUACGGACAUUACAUUUGGGCAAGAACAAUCUGCAGUCGCUGAGUGAGCUGGCCAAGCUGAAGCCCCUCCCUGACCUGACCCAGUUAACGGUGGCUGAGAACCCAGUGGCGGGGCUGCCCCACUACAGACAAUACCUGGUGUACCACUUACGGACCCUGGAAGUACUGGACAGCCAGCCGGUCACUGAGAGGGACAGACAGAUGGCCAGGGACAGGUUUGAACAAGAUGAGCUGGAGAGGUUGGAGAGACAGGUGGAGGAGGAUGACUGGAGACUGAGGAAACUCGAGGAAGAGAAGAACCUGUCCGCUCAGGAGUCGUCCCUUCUCAAGGCUCAGCAAGAGGAGAUCGUGAGGCAGCAGAGGAUGUCCAUGGACCGGAUGAAGGACAUGGAGCGCGAGCUGUCGGCCAAAGACGACCUUCUAAAAAAGAAAACCUCUGAGCUGAACAAAGCCUGUGAAAAGCAUUAUCAGCUAGAACAGGAAUUGGCAUUCUAUAAAAUUGACUCCAAGUUCGACAGUCUUGGCAAAAGUCCUUCCAAUUAUAACACGGAUGGAGAUGACAGUGGGGGGCUAGGAGAGAGUCCAUACAUAGGGAGGGCCAGGUACAAGGCCAAUCAGUACGCCCGGGAGGGGGAUCUAUCAGGCUCCCCCCAACAACACGCCAGCGUCAACAGUCAGCCCAGCCCCCAGAAAGUGGAGGUCAUGGAGAGGUUAAAUGCCCAGCUAGAGUCUGAGCUGGCUCAGAAACAGGACCGAGUCCAGAAAACAAAUAGCCGAGUCAAGGAGACUGAGGACAGACUGAAGCGGCUGCAGGAUGACUUGAUGGGGACGGAGAGGAAGCUGCUACAGGCCACCAAGGACCUAAAACGCAUGGGGGACAUCCCGGACAAAGACGACAUCAAGGUCCAGAUCCGACAGAGGAUGGCCAAGAAGAUGCAGCUGGUGAAUGAGCUGCGAGACAGUGCGACCCAGAUAGAGGAAGAGAUUGACAAGACGAAGAACUCGAUGCAUCAGAACAAGGUGGAGGUGGCGCGCCUGAAGGGACAGCUGGAGAGGAUGGACACCAAGGACCCCAAAUACAGGAAGCUGUACGCAGAGAUGGUUGACAAGGAGCAGCAGAUCAGUGAGAGUAACCAGAUGUACGGACAGCUGAACCAACAGCUGGAGGUCAUGCUGGACACCAUCGCCAGGGAAACGGAUGACAUCAAGAAGCUCGAGACCCAGCUCAAUGACGAUCGCAUUGAAAGUAACGACUCCAUUCGUAACGAGCUAGAUGACAUUGUUGGAGGUUUACAAGGUUAUCUGGCUCAUGUCAAGACCAAAGGUCAGAAAGCUCAGCGAGAUUACGAGAUGCUGCUCAGUGAGAAAAUGACUCUAGAAGAUCAGUGUCGCAAGCUCGAGCAAGAACUCAGUGUGCUGGACAGUGAGGCUGGCAAGGUGCCAACUCUCGAACAGAGACUAAUGGAGCUGGAGGAUUCCCUGGCACAGCACCAGGACAUGAACCGGACGCUGGAGGACCAGAUCCACCGGAACCGGUCCAAGGAUGCCGAGUACCAGGACAAGAUGGAGACCACCGCCCAGGAACUCCAGGAGAUGAGGAAGGCCCUCAAAGAGGCCGAGAGGAAGAUCAAUAAUGACAGACAGCAGUAUGAGCAGAGAGUACAAACAGAAAGAGAGAGGACAGAGAAAGCCAUGAAGGAAGCUCGAGAUAAAUCUCAGCUUGAGGACGAGAUCAGGAGGCUGCAGGGUCAACUUAAUAAUACUUCGGCUCAGCUAAGUGACAAAGACAGACGGCUGAAUGACUCCAUCCCUCACCCAGAGCUCAAGAAGAGGCUGAAGGACCUGACACAGGCUAUCAAAGCAGGCAGAAGUCCCAUCAGCCCCCAGAGUGACAGAGACGUGCUGGGGAAAUCCUUCAAGGAAAUCCAGCAGUUCAUCCAGGACAAUGCCAACAAGAGUCUCCGAGAGGUUGAGCAGAUUAGGAAAUCCACCAACCAGGCUGAUGCUGAAAUUCAGACACUUCGAGAAAACCUGAAAAAAGCAGAAAAUAGGCUACAGAAGCGAGCAGAGAAGGACCACAGUAAAGAUGAAAAGUUGGAGGCUGAAAAAAGGGCCAACAAGGAGCUGAUGAAUGAGUUACAGAGAAUGAAAGAAGCUUACAAAGACCUAGAAAACAAGUCGGCUCAGGGUCGGCCAAUAAUGAAGAUUGUGUACAAGCCAGAGUCUGACACUGACUCACUGAAUUCUGAGGAGAAAGCUCUCUAUGAUGAACUCCAGAGGGAGUUAAUGGAACUCCGACGUAACAUGCGGCACAAAGAGAACGAGAACGCCAAACAGCUUGCUAGUGUAGAAAAUGAGGCGGCCAUGUUGGAACAGAUGGUGAGAGAACAAGAAGAGGAACUAGCCAAGACUCGGGAGGAAAAUGAACUCGAAAAGGAAAAGUAUGAGGCCCGUAUGCAGGUGAUAGCUCAGGAUCUGGAGCAAGCACAGAGCACGGCCGACCAGCUAAAGUACAUGCUGGACGAACGUGAGUCCUACCUCCACGGAGAACUACAGAACAAACAGAUGAACAACCAGAUGAUCACUGAUUUAAAUUCAAAAGCAGGUGCCCAAGAGGAAGAGUUGACCAAGUUAUAUGACAUUUUGGAAACUCAGCGACAGGAAAUUGAACAUCUGAACCAUCUUUUGGACUCCAUGGCUGGAGGGGGCAGUGCUGCAGCUGGCCCUGCGUUUGAUGAUGACUUAUGGAGACUCCGCCAGGAGGUGAAUCGUUUGAAGGAGACCCUGGCCAUGCAGUCUGCUUACAUCCAGUCCAUGCCUAAACCUCAGGGGACAAUGGGAACUCCAGCCAGUGCUGGGAUAGGUCCUGCUCAGGGUAUACAUCACCAGGGUCAAGCUUCUGGACCUACUCCAUACAGACCAGUAUUAACUCAGCAGCAUGGGGCACCUGUUGGAUUCAUGCCAGGGGCACCUGUUGGAGCAAAUGCUAGAGGAACAAUGGGUCCAAUGUAUUCAGCUCAAGGUGGAGUUUCGUUUGGUGGCCAGCAACCAGGGGUUGGAGCAGACAGAGGAGAUGGGAGAAUACCAUCAGGGGGUAGACCUGCUGGAAGGUCAAGGUCAAGUGAAGGACGGCUAACUCAAGGAGCAAGACACAGUGGCAGGGGUGGAAGCGGUGAAUCUGACCGAGGCAGUGUGAGAAGUCACAGGAGUGGACGAUCUGGGCACGGUCGAUCAGGACGAGAAAGAACAAGAUCUUCUCGCUCUAAAACAGCAUUCGAGCCAGUACAUAAACCACAACCUUAUAUACCGGCUCAGACUACUGGAGCCUACCCGGGUAUGGUUGAUGCUGGUCUGGGCCCCCAGCCACAGCCCUCACAAAACAUUCCUGGUUACCAGCCUGGCACUGGCUCCUUCCACAGCAGUCUGUUCCCUCAGGGUACGAACCAGAACCGAGGAGUGGGUCAGACUCCCGCCUAUGCUGGUAACCAGACACCAGGUUAUGCUGGUACCCAGACACCAGGUUAUGCUGGUAUCCAGACACCGGGCUAUGCUGGUACCCAGACACCAGGCUAUGCUGGUACCCAGACACCAGGCUAUGCUGGUACCCAGACACCGGGCUAUGGAGCCACACAGACCUCUGGGUAUGGCUCUGUCCCAGUUUAUGCAGCAGGAGCCACCCAGACACCAGGCACCCAUGGUACACAGACCUCUUACCCCGUGGGACAGAUGAGCUAUGUGCCUGUGGCAGCUAAUCCUAUCCAGUCCACAGGAUCAGGAAGGACCUUCCUACCAGCCUACUCCACAUCACCUGAACGACCUGCUGGCAGGAUCUACUACCCCCCUGGUGGUGCCCCUCCACCCCCACCCCCACCAUCCUCAGGUGGCACCCAGUAUGGGCCCUCAUCUCCUGGGCCCCGUGUGACAUUCCUUCCCCUGGCUCCAGUAGCUGCUGGUACCCCUGUAAAGGGCCGGGCACCUAACGGGUCCAUGACAGUCCCUCCCAGUCCUAUUGUGGCUGGAUCCCUCAGUAUGGAUGGUGGUCAGCCACGAGGGAUCCUGAAGAAUGCGGAGGUCAGCGGAGACGAUACAUACCUCUUCUGUAAUGUUCCAGAGCACCAUGACCUGGAGGAUUAUGUGGCAGAGUUACAAGAAAAACUAAGAAAACUAAAGGCCAAGAUAGCAAGAGAGGAGGAACUACAAAUGCAGGCAGAGGAGGAGGAUGAGAAUCGAUUGAUACGCAGGUUACGGGGAGAGCUAGAGCAAAGAAGAGAUGAGCUUGAAGGUUUAGAUUUGGCCAUUGAACGACAAAAGAAAUGUUUGAAAGAUCUGAAAAAGGAGGAAAAAUUCCUAGAAAAUGAGAGAAUAGCAGCAAGGGAUGAACUUCAAUUCAUGAGACAUCACAAUUCAAAGGAAAACAAGAAAAGGCGGUUACGAGCCAAUGUGUUUGAUGAGUCUUGCACUGAUGAGGAUGACGUAGGCUUAGCUGGAAGCAGAAGGAAGUUCUUAAGGAAUGAGAUUGAUGCCCUGGAGAGAACUUUGGCCAAGCGGCGGAGUCAGCUACAGGACGCAGACAAGCUCCUGCGUGUGUGUAACUCAGACCUUCAGGAGGCCAAAGAAGAGGCCAGACAGACAGUGGAGAAGUUUGACUUGGCAGCAGAGGGUCUACAGAAUACAGUCAAAGAAACGGGUGAACUGGAGAAGAGAGCCAAUCAGGCAGGAGUAGAGCUGAUCAAGGCGUCCGACACGCUCCGCGCAAUAAGGGAAGAGGUCAAGGACAUGGAACGGAAGCGAACCAAGCAGGAGCGACUUCUCCGAGACAUCAACCAGGUGACUGCUAAAAAGGAUGCUGAGUAUAAGGACCUUGACAGUAGAAUUAGAGGUGCUACACAAAAUCUGCACAAGCUUCACGCUGAGCUUGCAGCAGCAGCUGCGAGGGAGAAGGAGACGGUGUCGGCCCUUAACGACGCAGAGGAAGUACUGACAAAACGUCGCUCGGAUAUUGCCAGAAUGCGUGACCAGAUUGAUCAGCAGAAGCAGGAGUUGGAGAAACUGGACCAGAAGAUGGGAAAGAAGAGAACGGAGUUCCAGCUCCUCCAGGAGUCCAUGGAGAAGAAAUCUACGGAACUGACCUCAGUGCUACGAGAGGCCGAGGCUGAGUGUGCAGCCAGGCAGAGGGAAGCAAGGGACUAUAAAGACAAAAUUAGUGAGUUAGAGAUCCAAAGGAAUGAACUCAUACAAACACUGAAAAUGAAACGUGGUGAACUUCAUAAGCGGAAAGAGGAAGUGGAAACGGAAGACGAAGUGUUACAGAAAUUGAUUAACUCAGUGAACAAAAACAAAUCAGAACUCCAGCAUAUAUUUGAAAUGCAAAAAAUAGAAAAACAUGAACUGGACAGUUUGAAAUCUCAGCAUGCUCAAAAGUUGUCAGAAUUGGAGAAAACACAACGAGAAUUAUUGGAGGAAAGAUCUCAGUUGGAUCAACUGUGUGCUGAGACGAGUCGGAAGUCAAGUGAAGUGGAUCGACUGCGACAAGCACUGGACCGUGACAGACAGGAAGUGGAAAGGCUGGCAAUGGAGAAGCAAUCACUGGAGGAUCGUUUGAAUGCCAUGUCUCGUGAGAAGGACAUGAUGGAAGAUUCCACCAAGAACCUGGACAACAAAAUCAACCAAAUGCGAAGAACUCACAGAUCAGUGGAAGAAAAGUUGGACACCUCUACCAAGAGAAUGGAAACUGUGGAAUCGGAGCUCCGACAUCGAGAAAAAGAACUAGAUGAGGCCAAUCAUCAGCGAGCUCAGCUCCAGAAAGAGGUUCACGCACUCAGGGCAAACGCUAAAGACUGCAAAAGUGAAUUGAAAAUUCUGAAAGAUCAUAUAAGAGAUUCUGAGGAUCAGCGCAAAAGUUUGGACCAAGAUUUAAAGGACAUUUACCUGAAACGUGAUGAAGCAAAGUUAGAAUAUGAACGUUUGAAUGAGGGAAUUCGUCAGAGCCGAGUCGCACACGAUGACUACAUGCGCCAGGAGAAGACAAAACAGUCCGAGUUACAGGAACUCUUGAAAAAUGUUAAUGAUAAAUCUAUCGAAUAUCAGGAGGCAAAAAUGGCUCUUAACAAAGUCAGAAAAGAAGUAGAACGGGAAGAAAACAAACUUAACAAGUUGGUCAGUAAUGCUAAUUUAGAAUUAGAGAACAUUCGCUCCGAUCUGAAAUCCAAGCAGUUAGAACUGGAACAGGCUACCUACUCUGUCACCAACCUAAAGAAAGAGUCUGAAAAACUACAUGUAAAUGAAGAAAAGUUUAUGGAUCUGGACAAGCAAAUCAAAAGUUUGGAAAAAGAAAUUCUGGACAGAAAUGAAGAAAAGAAUGAAUUGGCCAAGGCAUUGUCAAGGUCAUAUGAGGAACUACAAAAAGCUCGCACUGCCUCCGCUCAGGAACAGGAACGAAUGAUGAGAGAGCGUGUAGAACUAGAAAAUGCUCUCCAUGAUAUUCAGACGCAACUAGAACAAGCAAAGCAGCUGAUGAUGGCCAUUAACACAGAAACUAUGCAGCAUAUGGAGAUGAAACAAAUGCAGAAUCGCACGUCUAACCAGGUCACUGAGCUGCAGAACUUGGCAGAGAUCCAGUUUAGUCGGGCCAAUCGUCUCGGUGACGAACUCAACAAGAUACGCAAAGACAAUAAAGAUAUGAGGAGAAAGUUACUAAUCAAGAAUCACUUGAAUGAAAAUGAAAAAGACGACGAGGACUGUUUGAAUUCAAAUAUAGGCCAUCAGGAGGGCGACAACCAAUCAGAGAUCGAGCCUCCCACAGACCCAGACAUUAUUGACCGUCAUCUCGCAAACCUCCAGUUUAACUCCCAGCAAUCACAAGAGAUGCUGACUGACAACAAGGAGAAUGUGAAUGUGGAAGGAGGGGGGUCUGUGAAGGACAGCAUCAAGGGCAAGAUGACCGAGGAGCAGGAUCUUCUUAGGCAUCAGUUACAAGAACAGAUGAGGCGACACGCAGAGGCCAUGGAGCAUGCCCGCAUGCAGUCAGAGGGAACGAUAGAGAGUCUGCGACGUAAGAUGAACGCCCUACAGGACGUGCUGGUGUCUACGGGGGAGGACCCUAACCCCCGCCUUUCACUGAUCAGAAAGAGGUCACGGUCCUCUUCCCCUGGGAAAUCCAUACUGGAAACCACCAUCAGGGGUCGCGAGAGGUCCAAAAGUCCCACAUCACGACGCAGUUACCUGGCGCAGAGACCUAGAUCUAGGUCACGCUCCUAUGAGAGGUCACACAGUCCCCUGUUUCCUGAGAGAGACAUUGCCUGAUACAGAGAACACUCAAGCUGAACAGUUCCAGUAGACUGUGAACACUUACUUAUUUAAAAACUUUCCUGCAGAGCUGUGAUAUUUACACAUAGUCAUUUUCAAUCUUUUGGACAUUCCUAUCCAAGAUGUCUGUGAUUUUAUCUUGCAACUAGUAUUAUGUUUUUACAGAUAUAGAAUUAGAUAGGUUUUAACUAUUUAUAGUAACUUUUAUAAAUCGUAACUUUUAUAAAUCAAUUUUGUUUUUGUAGACAUUUACAAUUUGUCUCAUAUACCAUCUUAUUUAUUUUCUUUUAAACCGUCCCAUGGAAACAAAACGUCCAGAAAUUUGAAUUAAAAUUUACUUUUAUUUGUUAUAUCUGUAUGUGGUGCUUUCAGCAGUGUAGUUGUGACGACUAUCGAUAUUUAUGUUGUGUGAAUGGUCAGAUGUUAUAAAAAGGUGAGAGAAUGUGCCAAAUGAUGUUGAUUGUUUACCUGUAUAAUUGUUUGCAUACCUGUACAUGUAUGUAGUCUGUAUACUUGUAUUGUUACAGUUUAUGUAUAGAACAUGCAUGUACAGCAGCAAAGCCCUCGUUGUGAAUACAUAUGUACUCAGUAUAUAUUAUUUAAAUUAUUUAUAUGUAAUAAAUGGAUACUAAACUGA